AUGUCUUAUCUUCAUCCCGCCGUCAAGGCUGUGGUUAUAGCAGUCGCAGCACCACUGGGCCUCUAUUGCGUUUUCUUGGGACUGGGAAUGACACCCUUCUUCCAGAGACAGUUUCUAUAUGCGCACAAAUUCAAUACAUUAUUAUGGAGUAAUGUCAACCAACCAGAACGGUGGGGUUUCGCUCGGAACCAAGUAACUCCGUUCUCACUGAAAACGCCUGACGGCGAAUCAAUUUACGCUUGGCAUAUCCUACCACUCCCUCUAUAUCUACAGAAUGAAGCCAAGAUAGAGUCCCAAGAGCCGGGUUUCUCGGCAGACUUCACCAAGACCGAGUCAUUUCGUCUACUGAAGGAGGAUCCAGAAUCUCGCUUGGUGUUAUAUUUUCACGGUAACGCUGGUCACAUCGCGCAAGCUAUUCGGCCUCUCAGUUAUCAUUCCUUGACUGAUACUUCCUCAUAUCAUGUUAUCGCCAUCGACUACCGAGGAUUUGGUCAUUCUACGGGCACACCGUCAGAGACUGGAGUAAUUCAAGAUGCCGCAACACUCGUUGACUGGGCUACCAACGUGGCAGAGAUUCCACCAAGUCGCAUAGUCCUGCUCGGGCAGAGCUUAGGUACUGCUGUGGUCAGUGCCGUUGCUGAAAGGUAUGCCCUUCAGGGCGUCGAAUUUGCAGGCAUUACCAUAGUCGCUGGCUUCAGCGAUCUUGCAAAUCUCCUAUUGGGUUAUCGAAUCGUGGGUAUCUUCCCUGUACUUGCUCCCUUCCGCAUGUGGCCUUCUCUCGUGCGUUUCAUCCAUCGCUUCGUUGUCGAUAAAUGGCAUUCAGACAGAAGGCUCGCCAACGUAGUCCGCCAUACGAAGACGAGGCUCAGGCUUAAUUUGAUUCAUGCAAAGAAUGAUAAAGACAUCCCUUGGACGGAAGACAAUAAGUUGUUCAGAGCCGCUGCCCAGGAGACUCUUGGGAUUAUGGAUGACAAGGACUUCGAGAGUUGGAAAGAAGAGCGCACCAUCCGCAAGGGCAAGGAUGCAUUUGUGACCACUUGGACUGCUGAACCCAACAUGAUUAUCCGCCAAGAGCUUUUCCCAUAUGGUGGUCACAACGAUAUCAUGGGCUAUGCGCCUGUUGCGCUGGCUGUCAUGAGAGCAUUUGAUCUUCACGGAACGACUUACAGUGAUGAAUAG